CCCUCACGAAUAAACACACGCACACACUCUUUCUCUGUCCUUUUUCCCCCAAGAACCAAACAUAAUUUUCUCUGGAGCGAGGGCAAGAAAAGGAUUAGGAGAGUGGGAGGGAGAGAAAAACGAGCCAUAUCCACCACGUAAGAGUUCUGCAGUCGUCAGGGAUCAAACUCUUGUUCUUUUUUGUUUUCUUACUAUUUUUCUGCGAAUUCAAAGGAGGCCGAGAGAGAAAGAGAAGGCGAUCCGAUCGCUCUCUCUCUAUAAAAAGCAAAAAUCACACAUAUAUGGGAACGCUUCAAACAUGGAGGAAGGCCUAUGGCGCUAUCAAAGACUCCACCAAAGUCGGCCUCGCUCAUGUCAAUAGCGAUUACGCGGAACUGGAUGUAGCAAUUGUUAAGGCGACGAAUCAUGUCGAGUGCCCACCCAAAGAGAGACAUGUCAGGAAAAUAUUGUUUGCUACUCAAGCCAUUCGUCCCAGAGCUGAUGUUGCUUACUGCCUCCACGCUCUUUCCCGGCGGUUGGCCAAGACCCAUAACUGGACGGUGGCACUGAAGACUCUGAUUGUCAUACAUAGACUUCUAAGGGAAGGCGACCCUACUCUUAAAGAAGAACUACUGAACUACUCCCAAAGAGGGCGUAUUCUCCAGCUUUCAAACUUCAAGGACGAUUCCAGUCCUAUUGCGUGGGACUGUUCUGCUUGGGUGCGCACAUAUGCAUUGUUUUUGGAGGAGCGUCUUGAAUGCUUUAAAGUCUUGAAGUAUGACAUUGAAUCUGAGCGUCUCCCGAAACCUGCUCAGGUCCAGGAUAAGGGCUACAGCAGAACCAGGGACUUGGAUAGUGAAGAGCUACUAGAGCAACUUCCUGCACUACAACAGUUGCUGUACCGUCUUGUUGGUUGUCGGCCUGAAGGUGCAGCUGUUGGCAAUUACGUUAUUCAGUAUGCUCUUGCUCUAGUGUUGAAAGAGAGCUUUAAAAUAUAUUGUGCUAUCAAUGACGGAAUUAUCAAUCUUGUGGAUAAGUUUUUUGAAAUGCCAAGGCAUGAAGCCAUCAAAGCACUUGAUGUCUAUAAAAGAGCUGGCCAGCAGGCUGCUACCCUCUCUGAUUUCUAUGAAGUGUGCAAAGGACUGGAACUUGCUAGGAACUUUCAGUUCCCUGUUUUAAGAGAGCCUCCACAAUCUUUUCUUACAACCAUGGAAGAGUACAUACGAGAGGCGCCUCGUGUUGUGUCUGUUCCAAAUGAACCAUUGCUCCAGUUGACAUACCGACCAGAUGAAGGUCCUUUCGAGGAUGCAAAAUCAAGUGACAAACCCGAGCAACUUCCUGCCGAUGUUGUUGAUAUUUCACAUGUCCAAGUUUCUUCUAAAGCUCCUUCUACUCCUGUUGCCCCUCCAAAGAGCGGCAUGGAUACUGGAGAUCUACUGGGUCUAAGUAAUGCAUCCCCGGAUACAUCUGCAAUAGAGGAAAGUAACGCAUUGGCUUUAGCCAUUGUCUCAUCUGAAACAGAUGCUACGGCGUCAACAUUGAAUUCUGUUGCUGGUCAUGUAAAGGAAUUUGACCCCACUGGAUGGGAACUUGCCCUUGUCACGGCCCCAAGCAAUGACAUCUCAUCAACUAAUGAGAGGCAGUUGGGUGGUGGACUAGACACACUGACCCUCAACAGCCUAUACGAUGAUGGUGUUUAUAGAGCAGCCCAGAAGCCGGUUUAUGGAGUACCAGCACCAAACCCUUUUGAGGUGCAUGACCCGUUUGCUCUGUCAACUAGCAUAGCUCCACCACAACCAGCUGUACAAAUGGGUCAGCAACAACAGCCAGUCAUCAACCCCUUUGGUCCAUACCAAACCUCCCCUUUUAUGCAGCAGCAGGCAUUGCAACCUCAUCCCCAGAAUCCUUUUGGCGAUGCAGGCUUUGGCAGCACCGGAUAUACGGUUGUGCCCCUUGAUCAUCAUCCUCAUUCUCAGUCUCAUCAGGGUAACAAUCCAUUUGGAAGUACAGGCUUUUUGUAAAGUGCAGGGGUUUCCGAACAUCGCAGGAGAUGGGAAGGAAGGAUGUAAUGUAGUUUGGUCGUGGCAUGGCAGCUGCUUGUCUGGUCUUUUGUAUCGACUAUAGGAGGAAGCAUGGAAAUGAGAGGAAAGAAGCAUUUAGGGUUGGGAUUUCCAACUCGAGAGAGAGAGAGAGAGAGAGAGAGAGAGAGAUUGCCGAUGUUGGUUUGACACAGAUUUGUGUAUGGAAUUUCUUUUGGUGGGUUGCCCCCGCUGGUUUUUUCUUCCUCUAUACAAGGUUUGAGUUUGUAUUUUUGAUGUUCAGUUAUAUAUAAUUUUAUUAUUAUUAUUUUUUUUUUUUGCAUAUGUGCACUUUUUUGUGUUGAUGAAUGUUAUAUGAGCAUUUAGAGAUGGCAAGUAGGGUUGGGGCGGGUUUUGUCAAACGCAAACCCAUAUUCAUGGGUUU